UAUCUUCACUUCCUUUCUUUUCUCUUCUCUUCUCUGGUAGAGAGAUAAAGCUGCAGUGUUGGAUAAUAAUGGGGAGAGGAAAGAUAGAGAUCAAAAGGAUUGAGAAUUCAACAAACAGGCAAGUAACCUUCUCAAAGCGCAGAGGAGGAUUGUUGAAGAAGGCUCAUGAGCUUUCUGUUCUAUGUGAUGCCCAGUUGGGGCUUAUUGUUUUCUCUACCACUGGAAAGAUGUAUGAAUACUGCAGCUCCCAUUCUAGUAUGCAGCAAAUCAUAGAAAGGUUCCAAAAAGUCUCAGGAACUCGUAUUCAAGAGUAUGAUAACAAGCAAAUAUAUAAUGAGCUGACAAAGAUGAGAACUGACACUGAUAAGCUUCAGGCAAGCAUGAGACAUUUCUAUGGAGAAGAUUUGGCAUCUUUACCAUAUAAUGACUUGCAUCAGCUUGAAGAAACACUAGAGAACUCUGUUAGCAAAAUUCGAGCCAGGAAGAACCAGCUAUUGCAACAACAGCUUGACAACCUUCGUAGAAAGGAGCAAAUCUUACAGGAUCAGAACAGCCACUUGUACCGUUGUAUUCAAGAUCUGGAGCAGCACCAACAAGCAGUGAUGGAACAACAGAAGAGCAUGGAGCAGCCAUUAUUAGAUAUGGGGCUUUAUGGAGAUGAUUUGGGGAGAAACAUGCUUCAUCUCUCCCCUCUUUCCCCUCAGUUUCACCCUAACCGUCUUCAGCCCACUCAGCCUAAUCUGCAGGAAGUUAGUCUCCCACGCCAUGGUUUGCAGCUUUGAAACUUGAGAUCCCAUGUAAAGGGCUUUAUCAGAUCUUGAAGAAGGAACUUAUGAUGAGGAG